AGCCCGUGUUCAAAUGGGAAUUUAGCUGCACUCCCUACUCAGAAUGCCCUCAGCAGGAACCUUUGGACCAUUCUCUUCCGCAUACAAACACAAAAUAAUCUAGAGUCCAAAGGAGUGUGAAAAAUGGCUCCUCAAAGCCAUUUUGCUUUGCUUUGUGCUUUAUUUUGCAGUAAAGCAUUCAUCACUUGUGGAGCAGAAGGACAGAAUGGUGCUGAGCCAGAAGUGACUAUUGCACUUGGACGGCUCAAAGGGAGACAAACGAAUGUGAAGGGGACAGACAAACUUGUAAAUGUUUUCCUUGGGAUUCCUUUUGCAAAAGCCCCUCUUGGAUCCUUGAGGUUUUCCCCACCUGAACCACCUGAACCCUGGAAUGAUCUGAGAGAUGCAAUUUCUUACCCACCACUAUGUCCUCAAGAUCUGUCCUUGUUGAAAACAGCUGAAAAAAACUUUAAAGAAAAACACGUGCAAUUCCAAACUUCUGAGGACUGUUUGUAUCUAAACGUUUACAGCCCUGCUGGUUCCAAAAAGAAGGACAAGUUACCUGUAAUGGUAUGGAUCCAUGGAGGCAAUUUUAUAUUUGGUGGUGCUUCUAGGUAUGAUGGUUCUGCACUGUCAGCCUACGAGAAUGUUGUGGUAGUAAUAAUUCAGUACAGACUUGGACUCCUUGGAUUCUUCAACACUGGUGAUGAACACGCUCGUGGGAACUGGGCAUUUUUGGAUCAAGUAGCGGCUCUUCGGUGGAUCCAAGAAAAUAUUGAACACUUUGGUGGAGAUCCAGGAUCUGUCACACUCUUUGGUGUAUCUGCAGGAUCUUGCUCUGUUUUUGCACAUGUUUUAUCUCCUUUGUCUAAGGGUCUCUUUCAUAAAGCAAUAUCAGAGAGUGGAAUUCUAAUCCCCUCCGUUAAAGAUUUACUUCUUUCAACAGAUCUUAAGAAAAUUGCAGGUAUAUUUAAGUGUGACAUGACCAGUUCACUCUCACUGAUAAACUGCUUAAGGAACCAGGAAGCAAAUGAUAUAGUCUUUAACGCUACGGAAAUCCCAUUUCUACCCUUAGUUUUGGAUGGAGUAUUUCUUCAUAAGUCACCAGAAGAGAUACUGUCUGGAAAAGAAUUCAAUGCAGUCCCCUUCAUGAUAGGAAUCACCAACAAUGAAUUUGGCUGGAAUAUUAGAUCUACAUCAAAAAUACCAGGUUUAAAGGAAAUAGGAGAUAAAAAAUCAAUCAUUUCAACUUUAGAGCUUUUGCUACCAAUGUUGUAUUUUCCAUCAGAGCUUCUGCCUGCAAUAGUGGAUGAAUAUCUAGGAAACACAGAUGAUCCUGCUGAGCUACGCGACCGAUUUCUGGACUUGCUAGGGGAUGUAGGAAUUGUCAUGCCAUCCAUUAAAGCAUUAAAUUAUCACAGGGAGUCUGGAGCUCCUGCCUACUUCUUUGAAUAUCAGCAUCGGCCCACUGCGUACUGGGAUAGUAAACCAGAGUAUGUGAAAGCUGAUCAUGGAGAUGAAGUUGCCUUUGUCUUUGGAGGACCAUAUCUGGCCGGCGAUAUUCAGCUACGCAGUGAAUUUACGGCUGAAGAAAAGAACCUUAGUCGAACUCUAAUGAAGUACUGGGCUAACUUUGCUCGAAAUGGAAAUCCUAAUGGAGAGGGUUUGGUUGAAUGGCCAUCUUACAACCUAAAUGAAGAAUACUUACAGAUAAAUCUAAAACAAAAGAAAGGCAGAAAGUUGAAGGAAAAGAAGGUAGACUUCUGGAGAAAGGUGAUGUCUGACAAGACAAAUAACAUAAGAAUGGAAAACAAGAAGGUUAAUUCAGAGUUAUAAUUUACAGUCUAAACAUGCACAUAAUAAGCAAACUAUUAGGAUAGUAAAAGAAAUUACUUAAAGUCAUUUUGAGGAUAAAAUUGUUCCUCUUCUUUUCACCUGUUCUUCACAGUUGUCAUAUUAGCAAUUAUUCACUGUAGUAAUUCCAAUUGAUAUAUUUCCCCUUUGUGAUCCUUUACUUUUUACUGGAUUUGUGUCCACAACUCAUUAAAUAUAGUUACAAAUUUCCCGACUGCUCAGAUUUUUCUGUCGCUUUCCCAUGACUGAAGACAGAAUGUAGCAGCAGCUUUGUUUUAAUAAAGUGAAGUCAAUAAAAACACGAUUUGCAAGUAAAACUGACCUAUUAUGUCAAGUGUAUCAUUGAUGGUACAGAAGUUUUGGUCUGAUUUAGAUACAGAAAUGUUCUGUAUACUAAUGAAAGUUCUGCUUUGUAAGUUGGUUUGUAUAUAGUAUAGUAUAUUUCUGACUGUUGUGAUACAUAAUCUGUAACAAUAGUGCUGGAAUUAAGACUUCUCUCAAAUGUUAAAAAAAGGGAUAAAUGAUCUCCACUACACCUUUUUCCUUUUAAAUUUAGCAAUAAUCCCUCUAGAAGAAUCAACGUUGGUAACAUUAUUUUCACACUUUCUGUCUUUUCCCUGGUGCUUUACAUUGUGCUCCAGGCUGUUCCCUGUGCCACCAGUCAGUUCCAGAUCCUCUUUGCAGCGGGUCACAGCCCUUCGUUACUAGCACUGGAGAGAGUUUCAGCUGCACCAGAAUUAUUCUUGAACACUUCAUUUCAGCAUUGUCAAGAACUUCUUUCUCUGCUGUGUCUUGUUUGUUUGCUGUAUCUGGCUCCUAGGCUGCUCCAGCUAUCCCAACCAAAUUCCUCACCAUGCUGCUGCCUCACAGCAGCAUUGUGCAGCCCACAGAUCCUAUGAGGCACUAGGCAUCUGUUCCCUCCUUCUUUCAUCUCCCCUCUGUAUCUCUGGAAGAAUUUUAAAUUGUUCACAUCUCAUAAUGUACUACAACAACUAACUGGCCAUCCCUUCUUUCUGAAUGACUUUAUUGGAAGAUAUAGGGUGGGAUUUCUUUCUGCCCGAAGUGUGUUGCCAGUUGGAACUCGGGAGGUGGGGUGAGACUGUUAACACAGCUGCUGUUUUGCUACUGAAAUCAAGAAAGGUAGCAGGGCAUUAAAAUAUAAAGAGGCAAAUGUCAUCGUGUGGCAGGAUUUUUUUGGCUUGGUCCCUGAUUUACGCAUUAUUCACUGAUGGAGGG